GAUCCCUCAUCUGCUUCUAUCUCGGAACCCGCAUGAAUAUAUGAGCAGAAUCCACCACCUCACCUCAAAGAACCCAAAAAAUGGAUUUUUCAGGCAAGGAAAACGAACCCACCGCGGGGAAUAGCAGCAAAUCCGCCGCCGCAUCCGCCGCAGGCAGCAAGAACGCAAGAAAGGCAAUGGCUCAGUACAGUGCUGAUGCUAAGCUAAUGGCCGAUUUCGAGCAGUGUGGGGAGUCAGGUAAGUCUUUCAACUACGCUAGGUCAGUAAACAAUGCGACCCAGAAUGCGUCCGAAGAAGAAAUGGUUGCCUAUCUGUCAAAAAUCCAGAGGGGUGGCCUUAUCCAACCCUUCGGAUGUAUGCUUGCAGUUGAGGAACCCACUUUCAAGAUUAUAGGGUUCAGUGAGAAUUGCUUUGAUUUGUUGGGUUUGAUGGGUUUUGUUGAUCCUAGGGAUAAGAGGAGUCUGAUUGGGAUUGACGCCAGGACUCUCUUCACCCCCUCUGCUAGGGCUUCUUUGGCAAAAGCCUUGGCUUGUAGGGAGAUUUCUCUGCUGAACCCAAUCUGGGUACAUUCUAGGAGCAACCAAAAGCCCUUUUAUGCUGUGCUCCACAGGAUCGAUGUGGGGAUUGUGAUUGAUUUGGAACCUGCUAGCUCCGGUGAUCAUGCAGUGUUGCUUGCAGGGGCAGUUCAAUCGCAGAAACUCGCUGUCCGUGCGAUUUCUAGGCUUCAGUCUCUCCCCGGGGGAGAUAUAGGGAUGUUGUGUGACACAGUAGUUGAAGACGUACAGAGGCUGACUGGGUACGAUAGGGUGAUGGUUUAUAAGUUCCACAAUGACGAUCACGGGGAGGUUGUGUCAGAAAUCAGGAGGUCAGAUUUGGUGCCUUAUUUGGGGUUGCAUUAUCCUGCAACUGAUAUCCCCCAAGCAGCACGUUUCUUGUUUAAACAGAAUAGGGUAAGGAUGAUCUGUGAUUGCAAUGCGCAACCUGUCAAGAUUUUUCAAGCUGAAGAACUGCAACAUCCUCUAUGUUUGGUUAAUUCAACCCUUAGAUCUCCACACAGCUGUCAUACCAUUUAUAUGGCUAACAUGGGGUCUAUUGCCUCAUUGGCAAUGGCAGUUGUUAUUAACAGUGGCGAGUCCAUGAAGCUUUGGGGAUUGGUAGUGUGUCACCAUACUACCUCAAGGUAUGUUCCUUUCCCACUUCGCUAUGCAUGUGAGUUCCUCAUGCAAGCAUUCAGCCUCCAGCUUCAUAUGGAACUUCAGUUGGCCAUACAAUUAGCCGAAAAGAAAAUGCUCCGUACCCAGAGCUUGCUAUGUGACAUGCUUCUCCGGGACGCUCCAUUUGGGAUAGUUACACAAUCGCCUAACGUGAUGGACCUGGUUAGGUGUGAUGGGGCUGCACUGUAUUACGGUGGGAAGUGUUGGUUACUUGGUGUGACACCAAAUGAGGCACAAGUCAAGGAUAUUGCUGAGUGGCUGUUAAAUACUCAUGGGGAUUCAACAGGUUUGAGUACAGAUUGUCUUGCAGAUGCUGGGUACCCUGGGGAAGGGUUAUUAGGUGAUGCAGUUUCAGGAAUGGCCACUGCAAGAAUCAGUUCUUCAAAGGACUUUCUUUUCUGGUUCAGGUCUCAUACUGCUAAGGAAGUGAAAUGGGGAGGGGCUAAGCAUCACCCGGAGCAGAAAGAUGAUGGUGAACGAAUGCACCCUCGGUCUUCAUUCAAUGUGUUUCUUGAAGUGGUGAAAGGGAAAAGUCUGCCUUGGGAAGAUUCUGAAAUUAAUAUCAUUCAUUCGUUACAGCUCAUACUGAGAGAUUCCCUUCAAGGGGUUGGGGAGAGCUUUGUGAAAAGCAUGUCAUCUUCCCAACAGAGUGAUUCUGAAGGGACAAGGUUUUUUGAACUUAGUUCAAUGGCGCGUGAACUUGUCAGGUUGAUUGAGACAGCUACAGCUCCGAUUUUCGGUGUUGAUUCAUGUGGAGUAAUCAACGGAUGGAAUUCCAAGGUUGCUGAACUAACAGGGUUGGGAGCUGAUGCAGCAAUCGGAAAGCCUCUCAUCGAUUAUGUCACUCAUGAAGAUUCGCGCGAAACUUUUCAAAGUUUUAUGUGUGAAGCUCUACAAGGUGAGGAGGGCAAAAACAUAGAAGUAAAGCUGCUAACAUUUGGGAGUCAUGAAACAGGACAAGCCGUGCACCUUGUAGUGAAUGCAUGCACAAGUAGGGAUUCCCAAAACAACAUUGUCGGGGCAUGUUUUGUGGGUCAAGACAUCACUCCUCAGAUAGUUGUCAUGGACAAGUUUGUCCGGCUGCAAGGGGAUUAUGAGGCCAUUGUACAAAGUCUCAAUCCACUAAUCCCGCCGAUAUUUGCUUGUGACCAGAACGUGUGCUGCUCCGAAUGGAAUGCUGCCAUGGAACAGUUAACGGGCUGGUCUAAAUCUGAGGUUUUAGGGAAGAGACUUCCCGGCGAGGUUUUUGGAGGGAUGUGUCAACUUAGGGGUCAAGAUGCACUAACCAAAUUCAUGAUUCUCUUGUACCAAGGAAUAAGUGGCCAUGACAGUGAAAAGCUACCAUUUGGGUUUUUUGAUAGAAAAGGGAGUUUCUUGGAAGUGUUCAUAACUGCAAACAAGAGAAGGGAUGGGAAGGGAAACAUAAUUGGGUGUUUCUGCUUCUUGCAAAUAUCCACAAGAAGAGAUGCCGAAAAUGAUGACAGAGAAUGUGCGAUGUCACUUAAAGAGUUCACAUACAUCCGACAGCAGAUGAAGAAUCCCUUAAAUGGAAUCCGUUUCACCCACAAGCUCCUUGUAGAUACAGUUACUUCAGAUGUUCAGAAACAGUAUCUGGAAGCAAGUGCAGCUUGCGAAAGACAGAUAAUGUCUAUAAUCGAGGACAUAGAGUAUGGAGGCAUAAUAGAGGGGUAACUCAAUUUUUGGAAUCUCUUGUUAAUUCUAGUACGAGUCUGGCUCUUUUGACACCAAGGGGCG